CUUUCUAUGCUAUCUUUCAACAAUGGUGGUUUCGUCAACCAUUCCAUUUCGAUAUUGUGAUAGAAAUGGUUUCUCCAUUAGAUAAUGGUCCAUGUCAACCAUGGAGAUUGAUCUUGAGCUGCCUAUAUAUGAGCAUGAGAAGCUUGAUAUUGGAUCUAAUGGAAAUGAUGUUGCCGAUACUGCAUGUAAUAUACAUGUUGAGGAGCAAAGAAUUAAUCCUUCUCCAAUGACUGAACACUAUGAGGAAGUUUUAAGUGAAAAUGCUUUCUGUUGCCAGGAACAGGUGGAUUUGAAUUCCAAUCAGGUGGAUGCUAUUGAUAAAAAUCCCUUUGAAGAGCCACAGAAUGGCUUGGAAUUUGAAUCAAAGGAGGCUGCGUAUUCUUUCUACAGAGAAUAUGCUCGCUCAGUGGGAUUUGGCAUAACAAUAAAAGCCAGUAGACGCUCAAAAAAGUGUGGUAAAUUUAUUGAUAUUAAAAUUGCUUGUUCCAGAUUUGGAAGUAAGCGGGAGUCCAGUACAACUGUUAGUCCACGACCGUGUAUAAAGACAGACUGUAAGGCUGGCAUGCAUAUGAAGAAGAAGCUAGACGGUAACUGGGUCAUAUACAAUUUUGUAAAAGAGCAUAAUCAUGAGAUCUGCCCAGAUGAUUUUUUCAGGGGGCGGAACAAACUUACAAGUAAUGUAGCUUGUCAGAAGAAGGGUAUGCAAUUGGCUCUAGAUGAGGGAGAUAUUCAGGUGAUGAUUGAAUACUUUGUGUCUAUGCAGGGUGAGAAUCCAAACUUCUUUUAUGCAAUAGACCUGGAUCAGAAUAGACAUUUGAGAAAUGUAUUUUGGGUUGACUCAAAGGGAAGACUUGAUUAUCAAAACUUCCAUGAUGUUGUUUUGAUUGACACUUUUUACAUGAAAAACAAGUAUAAAAUUCCUUUUGUUCCUAUUGUGGGAGUCAACCAUCACUUCCAGUACACUUUACUUGGAUGUGCACUGGUUGGGGAGGAGACUGUUUCAGCUUUUAUAUGGUUAAUGCGAACAUGGCUAAAAGCAAUGAGUAGCCUAUCUCCAAAGGUGAUUAUCACCGACCAUGAGAAAUUCUUGAAAGAAGCAGUUGUAGAAGUGUUUCCGGAUACACAUCAUUGUUUCUGUCUAUGGCAUAUUGUACAUAAAAUCACCAAGAAUUUGGGUUAUAUCAUAAAUCAAAAUAAUAAUUUUAUGGAAAAAUUUGACAAAUGCAUUCAUCAUUCCUGUUCGGAUGAGCAGUUUGAAAAGAGAUGGUGGAAACUGAUCAAUAGAUUUGAACUAAAGGACAAUGAAUGGGUUAAAUCAUUGUAUGAAGAUCGUAAAAAGUGGGUGCUCACAUACAUGCGGGAUGUUUGUCUGGCUGGACUGUCAACAACUGUAAGGUCUGAAAGUGCAGCAUCUUCCUUUGACAGCUAUAUUUGUGCCGAUUCUACCUUUAAAGAGUUUAUUGAACGGUAUAAAGUUUUCUCUACAAACAGUUUUGACCUGGAAGCCAAAGCUGACUUUGAAACAAGACAAAAGCAACCUGCAUUAAGAUCUCUAUCACCUUUUGAGAAGCAGCUAUCAACAAUUUAUACAGAUGCCAUAUUUAGAAAAAUUCAGUUGGAGAUAUUGGGAAUGGUGUCUUGUCAUCUGCAGAAGAAAACAGAAAACAGGUCAAAUGUAACAUUUCUUGUUGAUGAUUUUGAGGAGCGGAAGAAAUUUACUGUUUCUUGGAAUGGAGCAGAUUUGGAUGUCUUUUGUUCAUGUCAUUUAUUUCAAUACAAAGGUUUUCUGUGUAGACAUGCAAUUCUUGUCAUUCAGAUGUCUGGUAUAACCAACAUUCCAUCAAAUUAUAUUUUAAAACGAUGGACAAAAGAUGCAAAGGCCAAUCAAUUUUCUGGUGACCUAAUUAGCAGAACUGCUAGUAGAGUGCAACGUUUUAAUGAUCUUUGUAGGCGGGCUAUUAGAUUAAGUGAAAUUGGGUCUUUAUCUGAAGAUACUUACCGUAUUGCAUCUCAGGCUUUGGAAGAAGUCUAUAAACAGUGUGUGACUAGAAGCACUUUAGAGUCCAACAAGUUGGCUGUUGAUGUUGAAGAGAAGAAUUCUGGCUGCCAUCGGACAAAGUCUACAAAGAAAAAGAAGUCAUGUAAUAGAAGGGAAUGCUUUGAUCCAGAAAAAAUCAACAUCAAGAUGCUGGACGGCUUCCAAAAGGGGGAACAGAGAAAUUCGAGAGCACACAACUUUGAUAAUUGUUAUAUUUCUCAACUGGACACGCAAACAGUGAACUUGGAUUCUAGAGCUUCAACUCUUGAUGGCUAUUAUGGGGCUCAACAGAAUGUGCUUGGAGACGCACAGCUGAACUCAGUAUCUAUCAUGCAUGAUGGCUAUUAUAGCAGUCAACAGGCCAAUCUGGGGAUGGGGCAAAUGCAUUCCGUGCCAAACCGCGGUCCAUAUUAUGGGAUGCAGCACAGCAUGCAAGGACUGUUUGGGGGACAGCUUACUUUCAGAACGCCAACAGUGCAUGAGUGUUUUGAGCUUCAAGAUAGUGUACAAGAUAUGGAACAACCUAUUAGGGCCUCGCAGUUCCAUGGCAUUACAUCAAAGCAACUAGAUGUUGAUAAAUCACUUUCCUGAUAGCUGGAAGGGUACCGUUUCUUUCCGUGUCAGAAUAUAACGUAAUAUGUAUAUAGUUAAUAUAUAUUAAACAAUUUAAGAAGCUCAUUUGCUUGGGGAGGAGGGUUAAUGCCAAAAAGCUUCCACUAAACGCCCUUGUCAAACCUAAAUCAGUGCUGGCGUAGUCCGUCACCGGAGGACGACUGCAUAUUCGUCGGUGGCAAGAUUCUUGUGGUGUGGGCUUGUGGGUCUGUGAGCCAACAAAUUAUGAGAGGUUCAUUAUUUCUUCCGGGCUUUUAUAAUAUCUGUGUUUAACUUUUUCUUU